AUGGAGUCUAUUGUCCUCAACCGAGACAAUGCACGCUACUUCUUUCAUGAUCCCUCCCCUAUAACAAGGCUUCCGGUCGAGCUCCUCGAGGCCAUCUUCAUGCUCAUCUGCGAUCAGGACAACGACGCUGACACCAAUGUGGCCACCGCCAGCGAUAUCGUUGCGCAAGUCUGCCAUCAAUGGAGACGAGUAGCUCUGGCACGAUCGCGGCUAUGGCGCAGAAUUGUGGUCGAUCACAAGACCACGCUAUGGAUGGUGGAAGAGUGGCUGCGUCGCUCGAGGGCAGCGCCGCUAUUGGUGAAGGUCGUCGGUUCAUCCGCCGCCACAGACGUUCUCCCAAUUGUUCGCGUUAUCUCUACACACAGCAACCACAUAGAACGCUUCGAGCUGUCGGGAUACCCCUUGGACAAGACCGUCGACAUCCUUGCUGAAUUCCAACAACCGGCUCCCAUUCUCGAGUCUAUUUAUCUACAAGCAGACGUCGACGUCGCCGAACCACCCCGUACACUCGCCGCGGCGAGAGCUGCAUGUCCCUUCAACGGACGAAUGCCAGCACUCAGACAUGUCACCAUCGUCAGCAUACCACUGUCGCUAGCGACCUUCUCAGGCCUAACAAGCUUGGACCUACGGGAUCAAGCCAGCCUUUCUACUGCGGAGCUGUUGGCGGUCCUAAGCCAGUCACCGAAUUUGGAGUCCCUCCUCAUCGGGAUCGUCGACUGUACGUGGUCAGACGACACUUUGUAUCCGACGACUACUAUUGAACUCCCAAACCUGCGAGACCUGUGCCUUGCUGGGCUGCAAGACGAGGUACUCCAUACCCUCGCUCACAUCCGGUUUCCGCGGACGACGGAGGUCGAUUUACGCCUGGUCGGCUACUCGAUCUCAAGUCAGGACAUUACGCGGCAAUGCCACUCGUUGCAAGCCAUCACGUCGGGAGUACACGAAGUCUUCCUGGUGUACACGGAAUCUGCCGACAACGAAAGCUACGUUGUCUGCAUGUCGUCUCCGGAUGCAAGACUGGUGGUUAGCUGGGAGUGGGAUAUAGAACACGAAGACGACGCUGAGGAUGGUCAGCCGUCAAUCAAUUUCGAGCUGAUGUACCUUCCCGCGGUGAAACACGUCCGUAUCAUUGGUCUCGCCCAGUCGGCCAGUAUCUCGCAGGCGGAAUGGCGACGCCUCCUUCACCUGAUGCCCUCACUCCAAAGUAUCGAGUUCGCUGUGUCGCCCGAACCUUAUACCCGUUUGGAAGUGCUGUCUCCAAUGCUGGAUGCAUUGUCGCAGCCGAUAGCACUCCCCGAUAAACCAGAGGAUCACCGACUUCGAUGUCCUUGCCUCAAGACCGUGUGGCUCUCGAAUGCAAGCUGGGGAUUACCGGACGCUGAUAUGAAGCGAGCCUUCUCAGCAUAUGUCGGGACUCGUUCGCGCUAUGCCAGGGUCGAGCAUGGAUUCCGAGUUGACUUCUCAACUCGAUGA